AUGUCGUCCUGGGCCGACAUGGAGCUGAGCUCCCGCUACGGCGGAGCCAUGGGAGACGAUGAGGAGAACCAGCGCAAGUCCGAUGAGCGCGAGCGCAAGAAGGCCGAGGUGCGUCGCCGUCUCGAGGAUGCCAACCGCUCCAAGAAGGCCAAGAAGGGUUUCUUGACCCCUGAGAGGAAGAAGAAGCUCAGGAAGCUGCUGAUGAUGAAGGCCGCCGAGGAUCUCAAGCAGCAGCAGAUGCUCAAGGAGCAGGAGCGUCAGCGCAUCCUCCAGGAGCGCAUCCUGCCGCUGCCCGACUUGAACUCGUGCGACGUUGACGAGACGUUCGAGGAGUUCCUGGAGCGCGUUUUGGAGCUGGAAAGCGAUAUCUACGAUCUCUCCUACACCGUGCGUCAAAAAGGAUUUCGAAAUCAACGAGCUCACCAUUGCUGUCAACGAUCUGCGCGGAAAAUUCGUCAAACCCACGCUCAAGAAGGUCUCCAAGACCGACUCCAAGUUCAACAAGAUCAAGAAGAUCGAGUCCCAGAAGAAGUUGUUAUGGUCAGCAAUCGGGAGUUACGGAAAAUUUGCGACGGGAUUUUCUGUGGUUUUGUACUCGGCAUCUUCCUUAUUUUUAUCCCCACCUGGUUGAUCGCAAUUUGGCUGAGCCCGCCGCCUGAGGAUUUGAUUGAAAAGAGUAAUAGGACAGCUUUCCUUUGGAACGGGCAGUGGUAUACAUUUCCGGAAGCCGCACACACCAAUGGCAGCGUGAACGUAAAGAUGCUAUUGAGCAACGAGAUGUGCGCCGACAGUCCAAUUUCAAAAAUAUUUGGAUAUGUGCUGAUAGCAGUUUUCAUGAUCGGCACCCCGAUAGUCUGCUGGAUUUGGGGAAAAGAGCCCGUCCCGACGGUGACGAAUUUCUACAAUGAGGAAAAUUAUACAGACCCGACGCCUUGGAAUAACACGAUAAAAUUUCUGGACCAACCUCCGAAGCUCUACGAACAUUUGCACAUUUUGGGAAAUGUCACGGAAAACGCGACAGAGUUUUGCGUGAUUUUGGCGCCGGAAGCAGAUUUUGGCAAAAAUGCUCCAUGUCAAGUUUGUGCUUAUUUUAAAGGGAAUGACUCGAAAAUCAUCUACACCGCAAAGAAGGAUGGGAAAGUGCAAUAUACGUACGAGGCGCCUAAUCCAUUCAUGAACGGCACCGAAAUGGACCUACGCAUCCGAUUCGUCGAUAAAUACGUUCAAAUUUUUGCGCAGCGAGGUGAAAUCGGGAUUUUCGAAAAGUUACCCGAGGUCCAUGAGGCAAAAUUCCUGAUUGUUUCUGGGAAUGUCACGCCCCUUGCCGGAAGUGAAUCCGGAUCGAUGGGAGGCGUUGAUCGAAGGGAAGUAUCCGCCGAGCCAGUCAGCUGGAUGGACACGCACAAAGCGAAAGAGCAGCGGCGGCGGUCGAGGCGCUAUGGAAAGCCGCAAUAUGGGGUCUAUUGGUUUUCGCCGCCGGUUGGAGGAUACUACACAAUUCCGCACUCACCCAAUAAAAAUGCAAACAAUACCCACGUCUACACGCCCGCCUCCUACUCCUACCGAUGGAACGGCAGCACCCAUUACUCCCCCAGCGAGGGCCACGGCCUAAAAUACGACCCAAGCUUUGUCGUUGACAAGGGAACUCUGCCUAAACCUAAACGGAUCGAUAUCCUGUUCUAUGUAGCUAAAGAAGCGGAGAUGACACCUGCCUGGGUGGUCUCCUUCCGUUUUACGGAGCGAAGCGUCGUGCUCAACACCUACGAUGGCCAUUGGAAGGACGAGGAUCGAGCCGAUUUCAUGCCGAUUGACGAUUGGAGAUUGGUCGACCUCGUGAUCUGGAAGUACAGCUCAAAAAUGCACAUCUUUAUCAACAACUACGAAUUUGCCACGUAUGACAUGAACACGCCGCUGUAUAAAAGUAACACGAUGCGGAUUACAGGGGAUUUAGAGAUCCUUGGCGUGAAAAUGAAUGCACUUGCUGGCCUCCUCAUUGCCAGCUAUUUUCUGAAGGAGAAACCGGAAACCCUCGAAACUUUGAUCAACGGAACCGACACUCAGGACACUUCCGGGCGGCUUGGCACGUUGACUUCAGAUACAAAAUUGUACGAUACAAGAAGGUUCCCAGAACAGGCUUCAAACACCAGCUAUGGACACGGUAGCAUGGGACACUACUGGUAUUCGCCGCGGCACGGGGGAUACUACCAUUCACAGCCCAGCCCAUGGGGCGGACCAGCCUAUGUGCCAGCCUCAUACUCAUAUCGUAACUCCAGAAAUGGAUCUAUGGUUUAUGCUGACAGCGAGGGCCACGGUCGCUACUAUGACCCUAAUUAUGUUAUCGACAUCGAAAAGAUUCCGAAACCUAGAUUAAUCAAUGUUAUACUCUAUCGUAGCAACGGUCACAACGCUACGAAUCGUGAAGAGUGGUCGCCAACUUUUAAGCUCUCCUUUCGCUUCGACCUGAAUACGACAACCCUCAGCCGAUUCGACGGAGGAUGGGUAGAUGAAGAAAAAGCGGAUUUCCUGCCGAUAGACGACUGGAGGCUGUUCGAUCUGGCGAUCCGCCCUGCAAAUCACAAGCUAUACAUUUACAUCAACAAUUACGAGUUUGCCAGCUAUAAAUUGAGUUCCGAAAUCAUGGCCAGCGAUUAUAUUGGGAUCGAGGGUGAUGUGGAGAUCCUCGGCCUUAAGGAGGAUGGCCUGUUGGCA